AUACAUUUCAUAUGCUGCUCUCAGGUUAGAGUUUACAGCAACGCUAUACUGACACUUGAUAUGUGAAAUCUUAAGUUGGCAGUGCCUUAUAUUUUUCACAAUGAAUUUUGUAAUCGGCGAAAGCUAAUACAAGCUUUUGAUUUUUUAGAGAUUUUCUAAAUUUCUUCUCGAAUCUACGUUCUUUACCAAAAUGAAAUUAUGCUAAUAAAUGGUUAAUAUGACUUUCGGUUAAUAUAUUAGCUAAUUAAAUGAUAUAUAUUUAUGCAAAUUAAAGCAAUACUGUGUACAAAACCUCGCCAAAGUAGAUUUCACAACACUUUCCCAGAAGUGAUUUUAAACGCAUUUUGUCUAGACCCUGCGGUUUAAAAGGCAACAAGUCCAAUUGUGAUGUAUUUCCAUCGAUUCCACUUGAAAAAUAUUUAUUAAUAUAAAGCGAAAUUAAAAAAAAAAAAUAAUGUGUGAUUAUACAAAUGACGCAAGCGGCACACCAUAUGAGUUUUUCCUGUAGCAUACCUGAUAAAAUAAGCUGCUGUGUACAACGCUGGUCUAUCGAUAUAAUAUAAUAAAUUGGGCUGCAUGAGAUUGCAAAUAUCCCCUUUUCAUGGCCAUCAGGCCUGAUUAUAUAUGUUCUAUUAAUUUGACAUUUCAGUCACUAACCUCAAACAUGGGCCAAAAGUGACAAGUUAAAAUAACUUUUUUUUAGCAACAAUCGAAAAAUAUACAUAUGUGUAUUGACAUUACAAAGAAAAUAUAUAAGAUCAUAUAAAGUGACACGCUGGGAUAAACAUAUUAUUAUUGUUAAAAGUAGAUAAAAAUUUAAUAGUUUUAUAAAAUUUUGAUAAGUGAAAACACAUAGAAAAUUUAUAUACUUAUAUAGUGUUGUGAAUUUACACAAUCGCCAAGGUGUUCGGUUCUGUAUUAUUGUAAAUAACUUAAAAUAUGGAAAAAGAACGUUGCGUAAAGUAUGCCGGCAAUGCCUCCGAUGAAACUCACGAGCGAGUUGAAUUUUCACAUAAGAAGCACAAAAAAUCAAAGAAGAAAAAAAGUCACAAAGCCCGUGAAAGAUCUCAAAUUCAUAGUGGAAGCAACAGCUUACGGCGGCAUCCGUCUUCCAGUGCGAAUAUGAAAAGAAGAGAACGUGAUGGCAAAUCACAAUUACUGAAUCAAAGUGGUGUAAAUGAUGUCGAAUACUCGGAUGUCAGUUCGACAGAUUUCUCUGAUCCGGAGGCAGGUGAAAUUGAUUCGGACCGACCCGACGCUGGAAUUAAAUGCGCUAACAGUGGGUCAUACAAUAAAUGCCAAAACGAGAGAAGUUGUAAACAGAUUAAAGAUUCUCAUUCACCAUUGACGAAAUCGUUGAUGAAAUCCGAUUUGAACAUUAGCAGUGAUGAGGAAAAUUACAGAAAAAAACGGAAGGAAAGUUUAGAAAACCUGUCAAAACUUUCGCCAAAUCGUGUCCGACGUAUUAUACUUGGUUCUCCGGUGCACGUGGCCACGAAGGCCAGCAAUUCAUCUGCACAUAAUGUUUCCACAAAAGUUUUGGAAAAUAUAAAGGACCGCCAUUCUGUAGGUCCGUCCAAUGCUAAUUGCGGGAACAAUCAUAACCCACAGAAAAGUACGCCUGCCAGCGGUGAUUCGGACUGGGAUACAGCACUAGAUCCUUAUUUAACAUCCGAUACUAUUGAUACUGAUGAAUUGGAAGCAGAAUUGAAGCGGCAAAAAAGAAAGAAAAACAAAAAGGAUAAGAAGCACAAGCGCAACCGAAAAGCAAAGAAACGUAAAAAGAAGCGAACUAAAUCGUACUCAAGUAUUGAUUCAAUAACCGACAACGAUUUGGAUAUGGUUUUAGAGGCCACAAAACAUUAUACACCACCACCGGUUACAGCAAUGACAACCAAUUGUCCGGAUGAACGCACCUAUACUCCAAUAAAAGAGCGAAGUCCACAAUCACCUGAUACCCCGCCGCCUGCGCGUACUAAUAACAAUAAUAGUUACUACUCAGAAUCCGUAAGUCUUUCGGGAGCGGGGGUUGGCACGGGAGCAACUUCUCUUUUAAAUACAUCUAAUAAUCUCAUCGGUCUGCAGGUUAUUGUAACGAAUCGAGGUGGUAGUGCACGACAUUGUACGCCCUCACGCAGCUCCGCUAAUAAAGGCAGAUUCUCCAGUGCUCACUCCCCGCAUACACCACCGCUUUACGCUAGCAGCGUCAGCAGUACAUCGGUGCGUGAAGGACGAGUGAAUUCUCGAUAUAUUUUAAGUCCAAUUAAGGAAGAUCAUCGUCACCAUCAUCAUUUGAAUCGUUCAGACACAGUGAGUUCAAGCAAUCAUCACUACCAUCAGCGUCAGUCUGCGAUAACUAGCAACGACAAUCGCAAAUUUAAAGAGGCAGAUCGAUACUAUCACCACCAGCCAACUACUCCGCCACAUAAAAAGCGAAAAUUACAUGACAGCCGCCCAUCUACCUCUGCGGCCGUAUACUACGAUCAGAGUCGUCACAAUAGUAGUACAGGCCGUACCGUACGUGGAAACGAUUGUGACCGCUAUAAUAGGGAAAACUACUCCCGACGUUAUACAAGAAGCCCGAGUGUAACUCACUCUCGAGUUAGACAAUCCCCAAGUACAUCCUCUGCUUAUCGCAUUAGUGGUACUCACAAACACAAAUAUACUACGUCAUCCCCCUCCCCAGUUCGUUCGCGAUCAUCGAAGCGAAGUGAUCGUUUUCCAUCACGCUCACGCUCACCACGUCCGGGUCGCUAUGCGGAUUCAUCUUCUACGUCGCCCAUAAGUGGUGCGACGUACAAUCAAGCGAGUCAUCCUUCAACAUCACGUUACAGACAUACCCAUUUGAGACGUUCGCCCAUUAGCGUGUCACGCAGCCGAUCUCGUUCAAAAUCCUCUUCUCCGCCUAAUGAUUUAAAGCAGAAACGAAUAGAAUAUAGUAAGAAAAUAAGCGAAACCAGCUUAUUUGCUGAAUUGGUGAAAGACAAACAUAAAAGGCAGAAAGCUCUUCAGGAAAUUAUCGAGCGCCAAGAAGAAAAUAGCAAUAGUAACGGAGCUCUCGCAAUAAACGAGAAUAGCUCAUCUGUCGAUAGUGGUACUGUUAGGACUGCAACAAAUUCAACGAAUACACAAGUAAGUGUAUCAUCAGAUGCCAAAAUAGAUGCUGCGGUAAUCAAUUUAGAACCACCGGAAUCUACUGUUACUAGUAAUGGUGUCUACAAUAGAACCUCCGUGGAUAUAAAUAACAUUCCGAUGCCUCAGCUAGGAUGCAAAACUACGAGCAAAGAAAGCGGCAUUGACGAAACAGAUAAAGUUUCGAAUGCAGCAAAGCAAAGUGAUCCUAUUAAAACACAGAAACCUAAAAGCCUUACAGCACUGCCUAUGCCACCAGGUAUGACGGCUGCCGACUUAAAUGUGGCUUCAACUCCUUCACCACCUAAUCAUCAUAGUACAGCGCCAAAGCAUCAAGCUAUCGCAAAUGUCAAUAUUGCAUCAACACCUCAGAGAAAAAGCGCACUUGCGUCUACAUUGUUGACCCCAAGCAAAAGCCUUUUAAAUUUACCUAUGCCUCCCAUGGUUCCAGGUAGCGAAGAACUCAGUGGUGAUGACGAGUUGAUUAACAGUCCUGAAGAUUUCGACGCUAUUACUAACAAUGUGAACAACAGCCGCGUUCAAGCCAAGACAACUGUAAAUGCUGGAUAUCCUUGUAUUGCAUCUGUGAAACGUAAACGUCCAAUAAUAUUGAAUCGGCGGGAUUCACGAAACAAUGUUCGCGAUUGGGGUGAUCGUUGUGUUGAGGUUUUUGAAACAAUUGCCCAAAUUGGAAAGGGUACAUAUGGUCAGGUGUAUAAAGCCCGCGACCAUCGCACUAAAGAAAUGGUGGCUUUAAAAAAGGUUCUAAUGGACCAUGAGAAAGAAGGGUUUCCUGUUACUGCGGUUCGUGAGAUUAAAAUACUUCGUCAACUUAAUCAUCCGAACAUUGUAAAUCUUCAUGAAGUUGUAACUGAUAAACAAGAUGCUCUUGAAUUCCGUAAUGAUAAAGGAUCAUUCUACUUGGUUUUCGAAUAUAUGGACCAUGACCUCAUGGGUUUAUUGGAGUCUGGCAUGGUUGAUUUUAAUGAAGAAAACAACGCUAGUAUAAUGAAACAAUUAUUGGAUGGACUGAACUACUGCCACAAGAAAAAUUUCCUACAUCGUGACAUAAAAUGCUCCAAUAUAUUGAUGAAUAAUAAGGGGCAAGUAAAAUUAGCAGAUUUUGGUUUGGCGCGACUCUACAAUGCAGAGGAUCGCGAGCGUCCUUACACAAAUAAGGUGAUUACUCUAUGGUACCGACCACCGGAAUUGCUUCUUGGCGAGGAACGUUACGGUCCCGCUAUUGACGUUUGGUCGUGUGGGUGCAUAUUAGGAGAGCUUUUUCAAAGACGUCCGUUAUUUCAAGGCAAUUAUGAAAUGGCUUUGUUAGAGAAUAUAUCGAAAGUAUGCGGGUCUCCAGUGCCUGCAGUUUGGCCGAAUGUCAUCAACCUCCCCCUCUUUCAUACACUCAAACAGAGACGUCAGCAUCGAAGACGUUUACGUGAAGACUUUGAAUUUAUGCCAACUCAGGCAUUGGACCUGCUCGAUAGGAUGCUCGAAUUGGAUCCAGAUCGACGCGUCACUGUCGAAGAUGCCCUAAAUUCGCCAUGGCUUCGCAAUGUCAAACCUGAAGAAAUGCCCGCCCCAACACUGCCCACUUGGCAAGAUUGUCAUGAAAUGUGGAGCAAAGAACGACGGCGCCAGCAGCAACAACAACAUCAUCAUCAUCAACAGCAGCAACAGACACAUAAUCAUCCUGUAACGCCUACAACAGUGGGUGCGGACGCGUAAAUGUUAUUCUAACUGAUCCGGCAAUCCAGAUAACUGAGAAUUUUUCAACGCAAUAGGGAGCAUCUAUUACAACGUCUACGAUAUGUACACGUAUGCCUCUGGAACCAUUAGCACCAUAACAAAAGGGAAUGCAAGAGAUACUCUUCGAAAUGCUCAGCUCACCAUUUACCGUUGUAAGAGUCUUGUAUUUCUUAUUAUUUUUUCUUUAUUAGCUAUGUUUUAACCACUCGUGCGUUAUAAAAUUAGUUUAACUUUUCUUCUAUUUUUUUUUUUUUUUUUUUUUUUUUUUUUU